AUGCAAAACACGGGCGGCGGCAUGCCCGCGGCCCCGUCGCCGGCCGCGCCGACACCGCCCAGCGUGUACGGCCAGCAGCACGGCCAGCAGCAGCUCCUGGUGCCCCCGCAACAGCAGUACCAGCAGCGCCAGCCGCAGCACCAUCCGCAGCAACUGCAACAGCUGCCCAGCAACUCGCCCGCGUCCACGGCGGCCACGGGCACGGCCACCACCAACAAGAUACUGAUCAACGGUGGCCGGUUCGACUUCGACGACGGCGGCACGUACUGCGGCGGCUGGGAGGACGGCAAGGCGCACGGACACGGCGUGUGCACCGGCCCCAAGGGCCAAGGAGCGUACUCGGGAUCGUGGCACUACGGGUUCGAGGUGUCCGGGGUCUACAUGUGGCCCAGGUAAGGAGCGCGUGACUUUUAACCGUUUUUACUAUUACAGCGUAGAGCGCCAGUGUACGUGUCGCAGGCUCACCGCGGAACCCCCGCCCUCUCAACGAUUUAAAUUUGUUCGCAGGCGCUCGCCCGAAACCCGUCACGAGUAACGAGCGGGUUUAGCGCCUGGCGAAAAAAUAGAAUUGGAGGGAUGGGGGGGGGGGAGGGACGGGUGACCGGAGUCGUUUCGACAAAUUGUUCGCGCGUUUUUCGUUAUGUCGUGACUUUGAAAAAACAAACAAACUGUAACGCGCCUUUCGAAAGCGAGUCAAGCGACGCGCGCAAUAUCCGCGGAGUCGGGCCGUGUCGACACGACCGUUCGAACCGACGAGCGUAAUGUCACGGGCCGAAGACCUUUUUAUUUUUUAAACGGAUAAACCUCUCUCUCUCUCUCUCUCUCUCUCUCACCCUCUCCCUCCCUCCACAACCACCGUCCUUAUAACGGCAGGCCGUCAAAACAUCUCCGAUAUGAAUAAAUACAUAUUUCAACGGCACCCGUUGUAAGUUACCUAUUCUCGUUGACCUCCCGUGAAAUGUCCACGCGUAUUUUCUGUUUCGCGAUUUGUGUCCGCAGCGGAUACACAUUAAGCGUGAAACUCGCAAGAUUAAAACGUCUAUAACUAGCUCGAGAACGGCACGAAUGUUUUGAAAAUUGAAAAUUUCACAACUCCUAAAAAAUGUGAAUGUAAGUUUCUGUCCGAAUUUCCAGUCGCUACGCACAUUUCUAACUGAAUCGCAACAAAAAACGAAAUUGAACAUAAUCCGUUUCGUAAAAUUUCCCGUGUUCCAACGUUCCCCCCACCUCCGCCACCGGUACGUGUUUACCCGAUUAUUUAACCGCUUGGAAAAUCAAAAAAUGACCUCCCUGACACCAUUGUGGAACCAAUACGUUCCUCGGUGCGUUCUAAAAGUCAUCGAUUAAAAAUUUAAUGUUAUGUACCAGUCCAGUCCUGUUAAAUACCAAAGAGCUGGCGUUUCGCUGGAUUUCUCUAAAAUGUUUUCACUAAAAUUCUUUUGCCGCGACCCCUGUAAAAACCCCUUUUUUUUUUCUGUUUUAUUCAGACUAGUAUCUCCAGAAAUGAGUUUUUCUAAUUUCAUAUUUUGCCGGAAAUAUUUUGACAGGUGAAAUCCCGACACAGACCCAUUUGUACGCUAAUAUCUAAAACAAAUUCUGUCAAACGAUACAAAACGACGACACUCGAAAUUCGGCAACGCGUUCAAAAGACCAUCUCGGGUUUCCGGCGUGAGCGCGCCGCUUCACCGAAAAUUAUUGAACCGUCGAUCGACGGCCGUUUUCACGAGCGCCCGCGAGUAACCACACGCGGUUUUUCGUUUGCAUGUUAAUUUCAUUGUCGCGCGCAAUUUAACCAAAUCACUGAUAACGUGUUCAACGAGUGUAAUAAGCCUAAUAACAUUAUAACAUUGUAUCGGGACGGGCAACAUAAUAUUCGUAUUCGAUAUUUGUCGACAGCGAAACGUCGUGUCGUCAUUGCGUGCUCAAUCGACGACGUGACGUUCUCACGUCACAAUAACGCGAAACCGUUCGGGAGAGUUUGGAGUUUUUGAGGUUUUUUUUUUUUAAAUUUAUUUUUCACUCGAGGGUAUAAACCCCCUCUGUUAUUCGUGAGAAGCUGGGGGAAGGUAGUGGAGGGGAAAUGCAAUGUAUACCUGUAAGCAACGAUAAACUAUUGCUUUCGAAAAAUCGAUUAUGAGCGGAGUUCAGUUGAUAAUGUUGAUUUUUCAACAGCGUAUAUUUUUCCGUGCGUGCGAUCGGUUACGUUUAACGAAAUGCAGAGAAAAAAAAAAUUCAACCGCGGCUCACGCGACCAAUGCUCGCGGCACCCAGUCGGAUAACCCCACCGGACCGGACGGACGUGAUUAUUGUUAUUUCUUCUAUUCCCCUCUAACCCUUCUCCGAUACGGUACGGUUAAAAAUCUACAGGGACGGAUACUCGUCACUUCUGCUCUCUCUCACCCUUUCCCCCACGAGUCACUUCCGGGGUGUCAUAACCGAACUAUAUCAACGCAGGAACCCGGACGGACAUUUCAACGCUACCGUCGUUAUUUUUUUAUAAUAUUUUAAGUACGCCGGAUCUCACGAAAAAUAUUACUAUCAUAUCAUUUUAUUGUACAAUACGCGGACCCGUUAGACCUGUUUCUUUUUCUCUUUUUUCAUACAAUAUUGUUCGGAGUUAUUUUAAUACUGGAGAUAUUGAAUGUUUUAUUGUUUUAAAAAUGCCAUCGCACUGCUGUUGGACGUACGGUAAAAGUUUGGGAAACGUCUAGACAGUCGUACAUAGACUAUGUGUAAAUAUUAAAACCUAGAGAAAUAAUAUUAUUAUUUUAUAGUAGUACCUCUAUAAUAUAUAUUUUCCGAAUAUAUUAUUGUUAUCCGUCUGUAAAAUAAGUGAAACCGGAUGACGUUUAUUAUUAUUAUUAUUAUUUUUUGUGUCCCAGAUAGAAUUUUUUGAGUGAUACAGAUAGAGAGAGGGAGAGUGAGAGAGAGAAGGCCGAGCGGAAAUGAAAAAUAGCGCAACGAUCGUUGUGUACAGAACUCGAAUAGUGCACUCGUCUUAUUCUAGUUAUAGGCUAAACGAAAAUAUUGUAGUGAUUUUUUUUUUCUUUUUCAAUAACGUCGCGAAUCCGAAUAAUUUGACGUACACGGCCGUAGUGAUUGUCGACCUCUGCUAAACAGUGCGAUGUUCCGGAUGUCCUACCGUUUUAGACGUAACCGUACGCCAGCGUUGUACCGCACUGCAAUAUUAUUGUUAUUAUUAGUGCCGUUUACGCGGUUAGCGAAUAUUAAAAAAAAAAAAAUUGCCGUCGAACCAAUGGUAUACGUUUCGAUUUUAGAUUUGUUCCCACCUCCUCCCCCCGCCAUCCCACGUAAAUAACAAUACUCCUGGAUCCCCCUCUUUUAUUGUUGUUUGUUAAUGAAAUCGUUUCGUGUACACAUGAGCGACCGUACAAAUACGGGACACUCGAAAAAAAACAAAUCUGACAUGAUAUUAUAUGCGUUAUAAACAAAGCAAACAUUUAACUGAAAUUAUAAUAACAAAAAAAAAAAGAAACGAUACACGUGUGCUGCAUAAAGGUUUUUAAAUACGAAUAAAAAUAUUUGUACACAAAAACAAUUUUAUUGCGAUGAUGGGGGUUUGUCAUUUAUUCCUCCGUUUGCUGUUUUGUGUACUCUUAUGCUAAAAACUAAUUGCGUCGAGUAUAAUUUGUUAUCUUUUAAUAAAAUAUUGUCAAACUCAUUACAAGAUUCGCUUUUAAAAUUUAUUCACUACUUAUUAGUCACCGUUUAUAUUAUAAUACAAUGUACCCGCUAGAAUGGCCAAAAAGAUAAAUCCGAAAUACCGUUGUGAAGUAGAUUUUAUUGAAUACCUAAUAUGUCUUACAGACAUCGAAUAUUACAUUUUAAAAGUCGUACAUUAACGGUAAGAAGAAAAAAUUCGGACAUACUACGCACGUGAGGGGGCCACUGUUGUAGGUGAUAAUUUUUAAAGGUAGAAAGGAAACGUAAUGCAUGUGUGCACGCAUCGAUUUCUAAUGAAAAACGAUUCUGAAUGGAGUACCGUCGACAGUGUUGCUUUGUCAAUAAUAUAUAUAUAUAUGUGUCAUAAUAUGGUAAAACGAUUACAUAUGCACCAUAGAUUUUCUUUAAUAAUGUUGUUUUAAUGAUGUACCUAUUUUCCGGUUUUUCCUACGUUUUUUCCAUUCAUCGUAAAAACAGCUGGGGAAAUCAAAAAACGACUUCCAUAAAACACCACUGCAGUCAAAUUUCCUUUCAGAAAAAGCGCUAUCGUUGUAAAUCCGAGCAAAAUAGCUGGUAAAAAAGUCGUUCACAGGAAAACCGGACCAAUACGGGACAGAAUCGAAAGAAAAAGACGGGACGAAACGUGGCCCGAUAUGUCCGUGAUUUCCGUCAAACCGUUGACGAGAUACACCGAUUUUAAGUUUGAGUCGGGGGAGAGUGAUGGAAUACUAUUGCAAUGCCGUGCGCCAUGUUGCCACACAAACGACGCACCACUACUCUCUCACAAUCCGAACUUAAAACUGGCAUAUCUCGUCGACGAACUGACGGAAAUCAAAAAUUUCACGAAUAAAAUGUAUUUUAUCUAAUCGAUAUUUAUGGAAUAUUUAAUAUAGUUUACCAUUUGAAAAUCAAAAGUAAGUGAUGAUUUUGCACCCAAAAGUAAGAGGGUGACUAAAAAUAGCGCAAAUGUAAAACCGCGGAGCUGCUUAUUUCUUAAACGUUCUAUAAAACAAAUUAAUACUUUCCGUGUUAAUGCGUGUCCUGCGGUAGAUCGACCGUGUACGUAUACAUUUAAGUUGGAAUUUUAUCAAAAGUUCACAUCUCGAGCGAACAGACGAAUAAUGCAUCGUACACAUCGACGCGUACGCCGCAAAGACCGUGCGAAAACCUCUUUUUGUUUUUGUCGAAUUCCCCGGAAAGUAAUGACUGCGUCGCACUGCAGUAUUGCGUCUGUUUAUAUACAUCGUGUACGCGCGCGUUAUUUUUAUUUUUCCCCAUUACGCGCCCGAACUUUUUUUGAACUGCAUCGACCGAAUAUUUUCUCCGGUGACUGAUGCACUUGAAUUCGGUAAAACUAUCGAAUAUCGCGGAAAACCAUGUCCGAUCGUCGUCGCCCGCCUCUCUCUCUCUCCCCCCCCCCUAUCCCUCACACCCCUCACACCCCUCCCGUGACCGGCCGAACGGUUUUCAAACAGUCUCCCGUCCGUCUGCGCAGCGGUUCGACGGGGUCUAUUCGGCGGGUCGCGCGCGGCACAAAACGCGGACCCGACCCCGCCGCGAAUGCGCGUAAACGGCGGUCGGCGAUGCGCGGUCGAAACAACGACGACGGUCGUUUCGACGCACGACGCGGGACGACGUUACGCCGCGAACUUUCGAUAACAUCGCGCACCGUUUCCGCGGAACGCGGCCGGCCCGUAAACGGACGGCGAGUGGCUCAGCCGAUAACGCGCGGGUUACGGGCGCGCGGAUAUUUCUAUUGUUGCCGCUUAUCAAUUUCACCGCGGGGCCGGGGUCGUCCCUGGCUCCCGUAUAUAUAUAUAUACACAUACACACGGUAUAAAUUCCGGCCCGGCGCCGAUAUCGUAUCCAAUUAUUAUUAUUAUUAUUAUUAUUGUUAUUAUUGUUGUUGUUGUUGUUGUUGUUGUUGUUAUUAUUAUAUUUCGAAACUGCUGCCGCGGCCCCGUAAAAUACGCGCGUCGAUAUUCAAUCGUCGCGUUGUCGCACGCGUCACGCGGUCGGUACUGUUCGCGGCGCGGCGGCGUACGGGAAAUCGACAAUAAAAAAAAAAAAUCGGGACACAGUCGGAUUGAGCGACCGCGGAUCCCGGGAGUCCGGCGAGCCUGGGCCGCGAACAUGGAAAACCCCGAAGGUUUCGCGUCCCGGGACGAAAUCGUGAUGUCUCCGGCUCAACGUUCUUUGACGGUUCAAAUGUUUAUUUGUAUUUCUAUAUUUGCUCGAUAACGAUAUUUGUAUAGCAUUUGCGACCUUAACGUCACGUUUGACGCAUAGUAAUUUUAAAAAAAAAUACCCGAAAAAGAUUAUAGUAUUAUUGUGGUAAAGUAUUGCAUUUUUAUUUUUACCGCUAAACACUACUGUUGCAUAUAAACAGUGACUUUUUCUGUUAUUAUAGACCGGCAAUCAUCUUCAAAGAUUUCCAUAAAACAUCAUAGAUUCACGCGGAUAAUAUUUUUCUAGAACUUUCGAUACGCAUUACCACAAAUAUCAGAUUUAUUGUUUACGAGUUAUAACCGUUAAAAGUUUAAACCGGAGGAGUAGAGAAGAUUUAUCGAUUUAUCAUUUAAAAAUAGACAUGCUAUUUAUUGCCCUUCCCUACUCCUCUGGUCUAAUCUUUGAACAGUUAUAAUUCAUAAACGGUGCAUUUUAUAUUAGUGUUAUUCAUACCGAAAUGCCCAAAAAAUAUUCUUUAUUUGAAUCGACGUCCAGAAAGAAGGCACCUAUAUUUGAAAAGCGAAACUGUGUACUUACUUAAGGUAUAUGGAGCAGGGUUAAAAAUUUGAAACGGUUUUAAAAUAUAGCUAAACCGAUUUUACCACGAUUCAAUAAAAACAGAAAUCAAAUUAACUUAAAAUCCUCCGAUAAAAUUUCUGGUUCACGAUUAAAAAAUCACCUGUAUAAUACAAUUGACUGUCAUAAUAGACACCCAAUAUUACUAAACAUAUUCAAAUAGAUCAUUCUGUACAAUGGUUUUAAUAGUUUUUUUUUUUUAUUGUUUUAAAUAAAUAAAAUCGAUUAUUUUAGACACGUAAAUGUCAAUAAGGGCGCAUAAGAAAUGGAUUUGGGCCCGGCACAUAUUGAAUCAUAAUGGUCUGAUAAUAAAAUUGAAUACUAAAACAAUGGUUUUGUUGUUUGUCUCGAUGGAUUUGAAAAAUUACUAUCGUGUAUUGGGGAAAAGUUUAUAGUAUUUGUUCGUAAUUUGUUUCGAGCAAAUUAAUACGAUAUUAUGGCAUAGGUUGCGCAGAGGAAAUUCCCAGAACCGUUUUGUUUUUCUCGCGGACAAUAUGCUAUCAUCUUUAUUUUAGAUUCUGAACGGAGCGAGGAACGUGUUUGUUUUAUUAUGACGUUUAUUUUUUAUUUUUUUUUUCUUUACAAACGACUUAUCUACCAGAAAUUUGAUUAAGAUUUUCAGGAAAAACGAGACAAUUUACGAAUUGUAAAUAUUACGGCUUUUCAAAACAUGCAUAACCAAACUCCGCUCAGAAUCGCUUUUCGUCAGAAAUGAUUAAUCGUCGCGUACAGAUGUACGCGAUUAAAUUCUCCUCUAUAUCCUGUGUUCCUAACUUUUCAUCCACAACAGUUGCCCACCUAUCGUGCGAAAUAUGACCGUUAUAAACGUAUAAACAUAUAUUACUAUACAACUGUUAAACAUAUAAACUUACGACGUUAGGUUUUUAUUUCUUCUUAAAUUAGCCUAUUACGCCGUACUAGCAACACUUCGCGAGUUGUUCGUUAACAAUAAUUUCAUUCGUGUAUACACAGUUUCAAAUCCAACGGAUUCCACGCCAGAUUAAUUACUGGCGCAAUAAAUAAUCACGUCGACAUUCCGUCGCCCUAACCGUCAUUUGUUCGUUAUUCGUCGCGAACCCAUCGUGGAGUGUAUCUAGGGAUUUUGUUUGUACAUUUGUAAAUUAGUUGCCCUUUGCGGUCACACCGUCGCAGAAAUUAUUAAGGACCUAUAAACGUACACUAAAAUAAUUCCGUCCAUUUAAUUUCAAGCCCCUCUUAUCUCACUGCUUGCGUAUAAGUCUGUAUAAGCAUACCCUGACGUAGGGCAGCACAAGGUCAUGCGGUGAACCGGAUAUGGAUGGAUUUGAUAUGGAUGUUCUAUAAUGGCCUCAGCAAUUAAAAAUAUCAAUAAAAAACUAAUAUAAUCAUACACAAACCUCUUAUUAGUUAUUCGGUAGAUAAUAACAAACUGUUAUUUUAUAUUUAAAUUUGAGCCUUAUUUGUUUAAUGUAACUUGAUUAUUUUUUUUUUUUGGUUUACUGUACAGCAAAUAUUCUCAAAAGACCAAAAAAUACAAAAAACAAGAUUUCCUAAAUUGAAAAAAUGAUCGAUUCUGAGAAAUAUUGUAUAGGUUUAAUGUUUCCACUUAUAUUAUUCAAUGAGUUAUGAGGAAUUGAAAAAAGACGCGUUACGUUAUUGGGCCCGGCUUGCUGUAAUUGCCUACCAUAUACCUACGCAUACAAGUUGCUCACUUCAUAGAAUAAUUUAUCUACAUUCAAAGUAUAUUUUAGAAUUUGUUCGUAUGUAUUUGUUGUUAUUGCACUGAAAUCGUUUGUGGAACCAGAAUUUUUCUAAAGUGUUCAGUUUUUUGACAUACAGAAUUUAGAAUUAUUUUGUAGGGGGUUUUGCACUGUUUUUUUUUUCUACGUCAUCAGUAUCAGUUGAAGAUCCAAAACCGCAUUAUUGAACUACUCUUCUGUAAGAUCCUCUAAAAUUUUGCUAUUUUCUUCUUUUACACGGUCAGUGUUAAAUUGUUCAAAUCUGUGAAGAUUCAAAUCCAUAUUACAAAUCUACUAUUCAGCAGGAACUUUUGAAAUUUCAAGGCGUGAGUCCACAUUCAUCCGAUCUCUACUAUAAUCUAAUAAACGUAAUUAAAUUGAACGUAAAAGGAAUUCCAAUAAAUGCCAGUAAAGAUAAGUUACGGUACAUUACAGGUGUAAUUAAAGCGCAUUGAAGAUUAUCAACAGGACAUUGACUUUGUAGUUUCAUAUAAAUUUCAUUGUUUCAAUAAUCCGAUUUAUUCUCCUUAUAUUUUAAUGUACGACCAGAGGUAUUUCGUUUACGAAUUUAUCAAUUGGUCGUACUGUGUUUAAAAUAGCAUGCGAGUAAUUUUCUAUCUACCGCCCAAUAUACCAAACCAUGCAGCAUAGUCAGUCUCCCCAUAUUCUUGUUCUUGUCUUGUAGAACCAACGUUAAGUCUCAUUGGGAUUCUUUUGUCACAUACAACUUAUAAAUAACACUUCCCCCCACUGCAUCCAAUCAAACUUAAUCCUAGGUUUCACAUUCUUGUAAUACAAUAUCAUUGAAAUCCUUUCAAAUAUUGAAAAUGUGAUAUUCUAUCAUCUUUUGCACACAAAUUAAACAUUUAUGUGUAAAUCAAAUAUCGAAAAUAAAAUAUUCACGUUGUGGUCAAAUCGUUGGGUAAAACGAGAAAAUUUUAUAUGUACAAGAUGGUCAAUCGUUCUUAAGAUAUCACGCAGCAAUACUAACUAUCCUAAAAUCUCCUUUAAAUAAUAUAGUUUUUUUACGUUGUAUUUUAGCCGAAUUGUCUUCAAUAGUCCUGACUAAAAUAAUGUAACAAUUAAUUAUUAUUUGAAGGAAAUCAAUUUGUGGUGUUUACCAAAACCGGAAAUGUCUGCACAUCUGAGUAAAUAAUGGUAUUGGCGGAUUGGCCAAUCAUGAAGUAUACAGGGCGAUCAAAAUAACGUAACAUUAUUUCGGUAAAGUUAUUUUACCUUUUGCAGAAUUUGCUUUUAUCCCCCCAACUGAAACUUAAAAGUACAAUAUCUCAUCAACGUAUUGAUGGAAAAUAAAAAUUUCAACACAAAAAUCGAUUAAAACUAAUAAUUCGUCUGUUUAUGGGAUUUUUAGUAUAUAUUUUCAUUUGAAAAUCAAAAGUAAGUAGUGGUUUCACAUCUUAAAAUAAGAACGAAAAAAAUGACUAAUGUAUUAUUUUAUAGCUACUUAAUUCUUAAAUAUUCUAAAAGACAAAUACCGAAAAAAAUGUUAAUACUCUUCGAAUUAAUGAGUAUUCUAUGUUAUAUUGAUGACCCCGUGUACGUAAAAUACGAAUAUGAAAAUUUCUUAUAGUAUUUAAACAUUUUACUGAUCACAAUAGGUAUUUUAACUUGUCGAGCAUAUUUUACUUUGUUACUGUAAUAUAAUAAAAUUAUUCAUUAAAUUGUUUUAAAGGCAUUGAUAUAAUAUGUAAAGUGAAUAGUGUGCAUAGGACGUUCUCAUUGGAUCUCGGGUGUGGGGCGAAACGGGAAAGACGAUACUAUUACAUAUUUUAAAAUUUAACUUUACGAGACUUAACUGAACGUUUUAAAUGUAUAAUAUACUAAUAAAUACAUCCUAUAGAGUAAACAUGGAUCAAAUUUCAAAUUUUGAGUGAAUCACAGCUCUUAUACCAUAGUUUCCCCGGUCUGCCUCACGUUUUCCUACCUCUAAAUAUAUUAUAUUGCAUAAUGUUACACACGGAGUAAUAUAAUUUACGACUGCGUAUAAUAAAUUAUAAGCGGACUGGAAAUUAAUUUAGCUCGAAUAGAUAUAUAAUUUAAGAUAUUUAUGAACAUGAUAUUUUCGCGCAGCGUUGUUGAAUUUCGGACUUUUAUUUUUAAGAAAUUUCACACGAUUCGUGAGACUUGAAAAAAAUUCAAAAAUUCCGUUUAAAAUAAACAAGUUAAACAUUUAUUGUAUACAUUAGUCGUAAAUUUUGGAAAAACAAUUUUAGACCUUUCUUAAAUAAUAUUUUAGUAGAAUAAUUCGUAAAAUAACAUAUCAUUAAAAAAAAAAAAAAAACCAAAAAUUAUUGGAUUCGCAGUAUAUGAAUAUCGAAAAAUAUCGAAAAAAAUUUAUGUAAACUAAUUUAAUAUUAAAAUGGAUUUUUUUUCAAUCUAACAUUACUUCUGGGAAGUUCUAAAAUAUGGAAAUUUUAUUACUAACAUUUCUAUAUUAAGUUAUAAUAUACUUAUGUUAUUAUUUGAUUUCGCUGGAAAAUUAGACGAUUAAUUUCACGAAUACUUAUACUAUUUUAAUAUUAUAUAGACAUAUGAAAUAGUCGAGAUUUUUUUUUUUUUUUUUUGGAUUCAAAUGGAUUCAAUUUAAUUUUUUGGCUGCGUGUUUACACCGUCGACAAUUUGAUAUAAAAUUGGUUGUAAGUUUUUCUUAAAAGACUGAAGAAAGUCAAUCGUAAAGACCCAUUAUUACGAUUAUUAUUUUUUUACGAGUUUAUACGUUUCUACGAUACGUUCACGUUUUCCCGAAGAAACUCGUAACUUUGUAUUACGUAACCGGUAUAGGAACGAUUCCCGGAUUCUGUGUCGAAAAUGUCGACUGCGCGGUUUUCGACGGGUUUCAGUUUUUUAGGUUCGGCGUAAAAAGCCGAUCACCGAACAUUUCAUUUAUAACUCUGCGCGAUCGGUUUGUUAAUUCAAACUGUUUUAAAAAACCAUAAGUUACGCAACAUGGUGUAUCGUAAAUCCUACUCAACGGAUUAUAAACGAGAACAGCUUCGUUUCAAAUAAUAAAUAAAUAUUAUAUCAUUGUUGUAGAUACGAAAUGAUGAUUUACCGUGAUAUAGCGGAAAAAAGAUUUUACAUUUAUUUCAUUAUAUUCCCGUUUGAAAAUUCCUCGCUACGCGUCCAUCCAACUUCCCUCUCACUCUCUCUCUCUCUCUCUCUCUCUCUCUCAUAUAGAAAACCGACGUACUCACUGUCCCGAAAAAGCGUAACGUAAUCCUCCGUCGGUAUAUAGUCGGAGUAGUCUCGUCUACUAUACCCGUCGUUUUAUCAUCUAUGCACGUACCUCCAUAGAUACCUUUGUAUAUAUACGUAUAUGAUGUUAUAGUAUCAUGGUGCACUGAACGCGGUCCAAAAUGAAACGAUGGUUUUUACCGCGUCCGUGUUCUCGCGCUCGUUAUUAGUAGGGCAGCCCACCUGCAAGGCUGUGGAGGAAAAAAAAAAGUUAUAUUUAAUAAUAAAAGUUUAUUUUUACACGCGAAACGUGCGCGUUUUUCAUACACAUACGCAGUACGCGCGCCCGCCGCGGCGCGGCCAGAGGCUCCGGACGGUGUGCGAUUUUUUUCAUUAACGCGUCCUGCGCGUGCCCAGUGUUGAACAUUAUCUGAAAUAAAUCGUAUUGAUAAAUAAUUUAUUAUCUUUUAUCUCUUCGUGAUAAUCGACGCAAUCGGUAACCUGAUGAAUUAUCUUCGUGGAAAAAUUGUGCAAUCCAACUUGUUAUCCAUCUGGAUCAGUAAUCGCUAGGUAUUUAUACCUAUGUGACCACGUAUAUUAUUUUACAUGGUUUUUUUUUUUUCAACAAAUUAAACAGAACAUAAUUAAAAGUAUGUAGUAAUUUCUAAUUUGAUACGGCUCGACACGGGUUCUAUCAUCGUAAAUCGCAAUGUGCAUGACGUUGUGCGGGUCAUAGUUCGUAAUAAGUUUACACUGGGCCGGCUCUAGGGGGGGGGGUAGUAAUACCAAUUCCUAUAAAUGAGAAAAAUUGAUUUCUUGUCGGAAAUUUUACAUGUUUGCAGGCAAAUAAAUAAAAUCAUAUUAGCCUCGUAGUAACUCAUUGUUAUACUAAAAAGGUCGACAGCAAAAAAGUCGGGGGGAUGUUUCUUAAUAUUUUAUAUUGAUAAAAAAAAAAAAAGUGCCGUAAAUAUUGCAAUAAAAAACUGUUUAUCUUUUUUAAUAAUCUUGAUUGAUCAGUAUCUAGAUAAAUUGUAUCCAAUUUUGUUUCCAUCUUAUUUGUCUAGAUAAAUGUUUAGUUAUCUUUGCGCAACACUGUGCGCGCCCGCGAGUGUAAAUCAAGCACUCGCUGGAUGUUAGCCGUCCGCCGUUCAUCAACCGCCUAUUAUACGCAAUCAAUUAAACGGCGAAAGUAUGUAUAAUAUUAGCAGACACGUGUCGUUGUUUUAUUCGCAGACGUCAUUUCUAGAGAGUUCCGGGGCCAAAACGGCAAAAAGAAAAUCCUUGUUAUUGGACACCGGCAUUGUAGUAUUAUGUGCUGAAAAAGUGCUGUAAACACGAUGCGAAUACGCGGCGUAAAGGUGAAAAAAUAUGCACUUGUACACAUCGGAAAAUCGAUACUGGAAUAGAAAAAAAACACACACACACACACACGAGCAGCAGAACUCCGCCACUAGACACAGAUUUGCUUCCAGUCGAUUUGUUUUCGUUACAAUAUUUUGUGGUUUUUCGAACAUUUUUCGAUUCUGGAUGAAACGAAAAAACUUACAAACAGCAUAAAAGCUGUUUUACCACGAUGUUUAUUUUUUUAUUUUAUUUUUUUCUGUGGGGAACUUUUCUACUAGAAAUCUUGCUCCGAUUUUUAAGUGUAAAAUAUUUUAUAAAAAAAAAAAUUGAACUGGGGAGGUUAUUUAAAAAAGUAGGUUUUUGAUUUUCUCAAGGAUAUUCUCAACAAAUGAGAAAAACCAGGAAAAAAGAUAAACGAAUAAGAAAAAUGGGAAAAUAGGUACAACAUUAAACAAAUAUCGUUAAAGAAAAUAUACAGAGUGUCUAUGCAAUUAUUUUACCAUAAUAUGACAUAUAUAUUGUUGACAAAACAACGCACUAUCAACUGACCUCCAAUCAGAAUCGUUUUAUCGUUAGCAAUGGUUUAUCGUCGCUUACAGAAAUACAUUACGUUUUCCUCCAACUACCUUCCCAAUUUUUCACCUACAAUAAUGGCCGCCCACGUACCAAGUAUGUCUUUUUUUUUAUAAUGACAAUGAAUUGAACAAAACACGCGUUAUCAAAACAGGUGAUAGAGUUCUCGCUAACAUACAAACAGACGGUGGGACCGAGGGUGGUUGAAACUUUAAACCUUUUAAAGUUAUAUCCUUGACAAAAAUUUAAUUUGUAUACAUAUAUACAUGCGUUAACCAAGCUACUUACAUUCUCGAGUCUAAAAGGGUAUUUAAAACGUGUAGACGUGAAAUCUGAGCGCAAAUAUGGUCGGGGAAGGGGUGCAAACCAUGAAAAGACACGAUAUUGGUACUUGCACCGUGCGUAUACAACAAUUCAUCCACCUGGCGUUAUUCAAGGGUCUGUAAGGGUGUAUAAAGCUAAAAAAAAACACCCACCUCUCGCGACAACACGAUGGAAUUCAAUCGAAAUUUGAUCAAACUGCAAUUCCCCUAAUCUAAUUCCCGAGUUUGAGUUCUUUUGAUCCAGAUGGAGUUGCCAAAAGCAUUCAAAUAACCCCUGAAAACAGAUAUAUAGUGAAUGUAUAGUGCAAUAGUCUCCGUUUUCGGCGGAAAAACAUCAAUCGUGUUUAAAUCUGCGCAACAACGAGCCCUCAUUUAUUUUUAACUAAAUUGCAUUGUCAAACGCCACCGUGGAAAUGAUAAAAUAAAUAAAACAUCGAGUAAACCGCGAAUAAAUUACGGAAUUAAAUAUAUAUACACAAUGUUAAAUUUGAACAGUAUUGACGAAUACGUUUACAAUAACUAACAAGACUGGAAGCGCACGGCAAACACCGUAAAAGCCACAGCGGGCGCGCGGUCCGCCGAAAGCCGCGCAAUAUUGACCGUUUAAUUAUAUUUCUUAACGAACACGAUAACCGCGUUGGGCGAAAACAAUUGUUUUUCCCAAACCGAGAAGUCCAGGGUUUUUGCUUAACGUUGAUUUUCCCAUGAUAAUUUUAAACUCGUCGUUGAUUUCGCCGUUGUCGAAUUCGCAUUUUUCGUUGUAAACCGUUGUGCGCGUUGUACCCAUUCGGGUUUGGGAAACGGAAACCGUUUACCCGCGAGCGCGUAUAAUAAUAUAACGUGCGAAUCGUAUGCAUUGGUAACAUUACAAUUACGCCGUGAACGUUCGGAUGUGCACCGGGACGCGAAAUAGUGUUUUUCGUCUCACGUUUUCGACGCCCACGUUUCGUGCACAACAACACGCGCUACAGUUACGGUUGGACAUUGCGUAUAAACAUCGCAAAUGUCCGUCCGACCGGAAUUCACGAGAGUGACUUUUCGCGAAGAACACACGUUCAACGGAAAUCCUUUUUGAACGAAAUGUGCGUUGCGUAACGCUGAACUGACGAUUGUACGACACCCGUUCGGCCAGUUCUUCUUCAAUUCAUCGUGAGUUUUUCUCUUUAUAUUCCGAACGGAACGCGAACAUUUCAUGGUAAUUAUUUGUUUUUAUUACAAUUAACUGUGCGUCUCGUGUCACCGUAACACGUCGACACGAUUUCCGCCGGAAUUUGCUGAAUUAUACUAUUAUUGCUCCGUUGUUUGCUUUUUUUUUUUUUCUAUCGCAAAUUCCUCGUACUUAUAUUAAAAUCGAAAGAGAACGAAUGUGAAUAAAAAAAAAAAAAACGGACAAAUUUAGUUCAAAUUGCAGUCGCACUGUCGCACAGACCUGUUAUAUAUUUCCCGAGUGUUCGUGUUAGCAGCAGUUCGGAUUUUUUGUAUAUUGUUUUCAAAUAAAACAAAAAAAAAAAUUCGAACAUUUAUUAAAAGAAGGUUCAUCGGCGUAUCGUUCCGAUACCGUUGAUAACAGAAGGCGAUUUCAAGUCCGAGCGCAAUGCCGUAAUAUUUUUAAUUCAUUCGCGAUUCCGAGACAAAGUCCGAAUUUCCGUUUGCGUUUAAACCGAACCGAACGUUUUGGCUUUCGCUUGCGGAAGACAGAUUGAAAUUUCACAGAGAAAAACGCGAUAUUAAACUCGAUGUAAAUAUCUCCGUGCGCAGUGGCGUAUCCAUAAGGCGGCAUGACGAUCAGUAAUGUGUCACUGAACCCUGACAUCAAGGGGCACCAAAUCAAGGCUCACGGCAUUAUUGGCGAACAGAAGAGAAAAUGCGAUGAUCUUUUUUUCGCUUAUCUGGUAAUAUGAGUGGACGGACAGGUGUAUGCAAAUCGGCAAAGAUUUUUUGUUUUUUAUUUCUUUUGCUCCGAUCAGUGUAAAUUUCGCCCCGGCUCGAAUUGUGCACUUGGCCCUCGAUUCGGACGGUCUAGAAUAUUUUGCCACGGAUAUUAGAAGCGAGAGUUACGCCACUGUCCGUGCGUUGAUUCUGGUGAAACGUAUCGGACGAAGAAGGCGAAACUAAAAGUCGCGUGUGGUCGGCGGGUUGUCCGCGGAGGUGCGUUUUUAAAACGCCGUCGGGGGGAGGGGAGGAGAGGGUGCGCAACACCGCGUCGAAACCCCCCGCAGUACGCUACGGUAUUAUAACAACCGCGCGACGUUGUAUUAUAUCGUGGAAAAGUAUUCUUUAUUUUUUUUUUUUUUUAAUAAAAUAUUUUUCCCGGCACCGGCCUAUACGGGUUGAUCGACUCGAGGGCCGGGAGAGGGGGAGUAAAUAAAAAAGCGUACCGAAUCCAGUAGCCGCGAUGCCGAAUAAAACAAACGAUUCCGCGUUAUGGUUAAUGAUUCAUUCGAAUCCGAUUAUAUAUUAUCCUAUCCGCGGCGGAGAGAUACUUUCCGCCGCGCGCAGUGUUUAAACAAGUCGAACGUUUCCGUUUUACCGCAACGACCGUUUUAAACUUUACAAAUUCAUAAUCAUAUAUCUGAAAAUUAUUUAUUGUUAUUAAUCGCGGGUGCUUAAAAGUAAUAAUAAUUCCGCGGUCGAACUCUUCGCGUAAUGAUUAUUUGUCCGCGGACCGGAUCGAAAACUCGCCCGCGAUCGUACAGAAGUAGCCCCGCACUUUUGGUUCGCAGAUUUGCAAAAAAAAAAAUAAUCAUUAAAUUUAUAUAAUACGAAAAUAUCGCCGAAGUUCAAGUUUUCAAUAAACAAUCUCGACUCAAUACCACAGUAUACUUUUCGCCGCGUUAACCGUCGUUACUUUUCUGUUUGGAAACAAUGAAAAUUGUAUUUUUUUUUUGAAGGUGUGGUUUUUCUUUUUUUCGUAACCCGGCAGUCACCGGUUAGCGCGGACAUGUAUACCCGCGCUUGAAAAAUUACACGGCUUAAAAAUAAACGGCGAUCUACAGCGAACGGCGAUUUCGCGGUUAAUGUGUCACGACAAACACUGUGGACCAAAUAAAAACCGCGGUAAAACACUUCAGUGAUAAACUACUAUAGUGCGACCUAUUAUAAUAUUAUCGCGAUUCGGUGUGCGGUGCCGCAGUAUUUUCAGUUCGGCGGUAUUGCAAAGUUACAUUAUGCUGUACUUUCAACGAUAAUAUCAGCGACUGAAAACUUCGUUGUACACAAAAUAUUCUGCGCCUCCGUCGUUUUUUUUCUCCGUAUUUUUCACUUCACAUCUGAUACGACAAAAUGGCAGUUGUUAAACGUACCGAAUCACUCGAACUAGUGGCUUUUAUUAGUUAAAAAUAAUAAUCUGAAAAAAAAAAUUCGGUUAUUGGUAUAGCUAGCACACCUGUAAACACGCCUAUGGUUAUGGUCAAGUACGGUAUUUAGCGAGUGACGGAGUUUUUGAAUUUGGAAAUCGUGAAAAUAUGAUCAAAUUUUGGUGACUUAUAAGCUUGUGUAAGUAAUUAUUUAUUCAGUACGUGUAAGAAACUCAAUCUACACCCUAAAAUUAUCGUUGACAUCGAAUACCGAACCGUUGGUGUAUAGGAAAGUAAUUGUUUGAUUUAUUUACUUUAUUUAUAGGUAGGUACUAAACUGGCUAGUUUUGAUAGACUCUGUUUUAAACGAGAAAAUAUACGUGUUCAUGUUUUCGAUUAAAACGCGAAGACAUUUGAAUUUGAAAAAAAAAAGGUAGUCGUAAAAAUAGCAGACAUUUAAAACAGGUCGAGGGGGGGGGGAGGGGAGAUAUACCUCCUUAAUCUUUCACCGUGAACACGCUACUGAUUUUUAUAUUAAUAUUAUUGUUGUUGUUUUUCUUCCUCGACGAAAAAGUGAUUCGCCACAUAAAUAGCUAUAAUAUCGCUGUAUAUCUUUAUUAUUUGACUUUUGUUUUUUACAAGUCAAUCGCUACAGUGACCGUCCAUUUAUUUCAAUCGUUAUUCGGCGAUUUUCUCGGGGAGAGUUUCAAAUGAAUUCGAUUUCUGGUUUUUAUUUUAUUUUCCUUUCAAUUGCUUUAGGUUUUAUUUUAACGCUAUUUUCAGUCGUGUACCGUCCCCGGACUCUUUAUUUUAUCUCGAACAAGUGACCUUUGAAUAGAGAAAGGAAUAAUUUUUUUUUAAAAAACGACGAUUGGCGUGACACUAAAAUAUUAUAACACCGGAUUUUCCGUUUACACCGAAUUAUAACAGUUUGAAAUGUAGGCUUUAUUUUUUAGAUAAUCAAUUUAUAAAUCUUUCCUAUUACUCCGGUUUAAAUGUUAAACUACUAUAACUAUAAUGGUAAACUGUAAACCCUGCAAUAAAAGUGUUAUGCGUAUCGAAAUAUUUUAACAACAUUAUAAUAAUAUGAUCUAUUUGAGACUGUGUUUAAGAUGGAUUCAUCCGAGAAAAUCUGCGAUAAACGGAUCACUCCAAUGUAAAAAAUAUAGAAACGUCCGCUGUUCGAAAAUUAAUUUUAAAAUACCAUUCAAAUUUUCGUACCUUAAGAAAAGAUCAUUCGGGGGAUGUAGUUUGCUAGACUUUUAUCAAAGUUAAAUUUAUGCAAACAUAUGUCGCUAAAAUACUAAAACGAUUAUUUUUAUUAUUUUUUUUUUUGGUAAUUUCCGACGGUUAGAUUUGCUGUCCGUUAAAACGGAAAUUUCGUACAAACAUAAUAUUAUAAUAUACAAAGUCUCACAGACGAGACGUGCAUAAAAUAUGAAGUGCGGUUUAAAACGAUUGCGAGUGGAAGAAAAAAAAAAAAAAGGCGAAAAAAAACAAACAAACAUUAGUGUAUCAUUUUUCGCUGUUAGGAGAACACAUUUAUUUCGUUUUUUUUUUUUGUAUUUUUAUUUAGUUUUCCAGGGGCGCUGUGAAUUUUCCUACUCUGCAGCCGACUGUCAUAAAUUGAUACAUAUAUAUAUAUAUAUAUAUAUGUGUAUAUAUAUGUAUCCUAUUAUAUUAUUAUAUACGGAUGCCAUCGCGAGAAAAACGACAUACGUCUGUUCAACAUUAUAGUGAAAACUUUAAUCACGAGAAAAUACUAUGUUUUUGUAAUAAAACCGAGAAAAAUAAAUAAAACACUGUUGUGCAUGCCUGGGUAUAGCCUGUUAUUGUGGAGAAAUCGGGUAGUUAGGCAGGUAGGAUGUGCAUAGAGUGAUUAUAGAAUAUGUGUGUGCAGCGAUAAGUCAUUCCUAAUGAAAAACGAUUCCGGGCGAAGUUCUGUUAAACAUGUUUGGAAAUGCCGCGGUUUUUAUACGAGUUUCAUUCAAAUUUGAACUUGAGACGCUUGUCGAAAAAAAAAAAAAAAAAACUUAUAUUUUACAAUCGAUUACGGUUUGUUUUUUUUUUUCUUGCGAAUAAGUGCUACUAACUUAUGGUGAAAAUUGUGACUAUUAUCAAUUUCCAAGCAUUUGUGUUCGGUCAACGUUAUAGUAUCCGGAAUAGCGAUUAGAAAAAACGCACCGCCUCGCCUACCGGAAUAUUUUUGUCCUUUAUGAAUUUUUACAACGGGCGAUUUUACUCUAGCGUCAUCUUAUAAUAACGUUUAGUAGUUGUAGUAAUAUGGUCGCUAUCCGCGGGCACGAAAUAUUCUCGAAAUAUCAUGACGUUGAGCGAUCCGAAGCAUAAUAAUAUUUGGGAACGGAUUUAUGUGCACUCAAAAGCGGCAAAAAUGCGCUUAAAUCGUUAAAAUAAAGCACUUAAAAAUGUUUAAAAAAGUUAAAGUAGUAGAGGUAUUUGAAAGACCCCCCCUCACUUUUAACGAAAUUUCCCAGCACUGACAAAUGAUUAACACAAAGUAAUUUUUCAAAACACGUACAAAUUUAUUUGAAAAAAAAAGACAUCCUAUAGGAUAAUGGGAGCGGGUGCAGCCACUGUUAUUGAUAAUUCAAUGUAUACCUGUAAGCGACGAUAAACGAAAAAAACGAUUCUGAGCGGAGUGAUAGUGAUACUUUGUCUACAAUAUAUUUUAAAAUAAUUAAAUAGUCUUUAUGUAUUUUCUUGAACAAUAUUUGUUUAAUGUUGUACCGAUUUUCCCGGUUUUUCACAUUUGCUAGGAAAAAUCCUGAAAAAUCCUUUUUUACUGGGACCAGAAUUGUACAAUAAGUAUAUACGAUACGUUUCGUCAUAUUGUAUAAAUAUCGCGACUUUUCUGGAUUUUAUCGGUUUUUCGAGAUUCUUCUAAGCGCCAAACUGCGGAUAGUGAAAAUCGCGAAAAAUAAAAGGUUAAAUAAGGUCGUUAUCCGGUUAAACGUUAUCAACCCUAUACGGAAUAAGUGGCGAGACGAGAAGAAUUUCGCCGAUAUCGUUAUUAUUCGGUCGGUGUACGAGCGACGAACUAUUUCACUAUCUAAAACUCGCCGUGGCAGUUCACAAAUAGUAAUUUACAUUUAAUUGUAGCGUUCGUGUACAAAAUAAUUUUAUUCAUAAUCACGACGAGCAAUUUUCGAGUAAAUUUUCCGAUUAUUACGCUAUACUGUGUCUGCGUAAACAUUGCAGGGGCGUCGAUACCUGGCCGCAGUAGGCCACGACCGACGACAUAAAAACCAGCGACCGUCAUCGUAAAUAACAUGACAAUCGGUAACGCGGUGUAAUAUCGGCCGCUUUCUGUAAAAACGCGGUUAUCAUUAUACGAAACGCGAUAAUUAGGAGCGUAUCGGGCAAACCUGUAUUUUAAUGCUAUUGUAUUUCGAUUAUCGUCGAACUAUUCGUCCGCUAAACGCGGUUGAAAUAUCAAACGUACCUAGGUGCCUAUCGGUGUAUAAGUUGUGUUUUAUCCGGACGGCUUUAUUAUAUUUCAUCAUCGUAUCCAGACGAACCGUUUUAAAUCGUAAUUUGUGCGUCGUGUAUUUAAUAAAAGAGGUAAAAAAAAAACAUUCAACGCGUGUACGGUUUAAUAAACGAACGUUAUUGAGUUACACCGUUCGCGCGGCUUUUGCGAAACGUGAACGUCUAUGUCAAAUCCGGUACGCAUUUAAUACGUUUAGCAUUUUAUAGCGUUACGCAUGGUGAAAUGAACGAAAUUAUCAUUUUGAUUAUUGCUAUUGUCUAUUUCAUUUUCUUUCAAUCUAAAUAUAAAGACAAUUCCUAAUUAUCACCCGUCCCUAUAUCCGGACAAUUAAACUGUUAUGUAUUUUUCAUCUAGACAAUUAUCGGGUAUUUCAAAACGUGUAUUUCGUACAACGCUGUGUAGGCGUAAUAUUAUAAUAGCACCGAGAAGCGCAAAUUUGACAAUAUUGCGUAUAGGUACGAUAUAAUAUUGUGCAUUAGUAUGCGGUUUGUCGAACAAAAAUUACAAACACUAAUCAUGCGUUUGCGCGUGAAUAUCACAGCCACAACGCCGAUAUCACUAGAAUAAUUAUUGUGCACGUACCAUACCGUUAAAACAACGUAAUUUACAAGUACGAAAUAUCCAAAAUACGCAUAAUUUCACGUGCAUAAUAUUAUACUAAACGUCAGUUAUAUAAUAUUACACAAGAAUCAGUGGCGUAUUUUAGGGCGGAGCGAUGAGUGGAUCGCGCCCUCCUUGGAGUUUUUCGGCUGUGAUUUUUCAAUCGGUUAAAGGCUUAAGGCUGUAGGCAAUAAAACAAUAUAGUAUGCAUAACGGGGGAUGGUAAACUCCUACGAAAGUAGGUAACCUACUACAUUGACAUGGUGUUAAAUUUUACAAAAGUCAGUGUUGACUCCGGAUAAUGUUAACUCCUGCAAAAAAUAGUGUCAACUCCUACACUAGGUAGUUGUAAAGUUGUAAAAAGUAAAAUAAAGUAUUUUAAAAUAAGUAAAAAUCAGUUAUUUAAUCAGUUACGUUUUUUCCCACUCAAGUGCAACCAUCUCAAAUAAACAUCAUUGUAAAACUAAUAUACAUUCCUCGUUAUACCCGGAAUCUAAAAUGUAAAAAGUUCCUUGUAGAAGAUUACACCAUUUAUUUUUGGCAUCCAAAACGGGACUAUGUAGAAGUUUACGCUAUGUUUAAAAUACUGAUAAAAAGUUCAUUUUUGUAGUUUACAUGUAGCCUUCAUAACCGUGUUAUUUAUUAUUUCUUGGGUAUUUUUAUCAGCGUUACCAAAAAGUAACUAGGGCAAUUUUUCGUCUAUAAUACCUUUAAAGAUAUCGAAGUGGGUGUCCAAAUAGUAGCUGUCACACAUUGCGGUUUGUAGGAGAAAAAAAGAUUAAAAUUGCUUUGAAAUUGUUGUAAAUAUUUUUGUGUAUAAUUGUUCGAUAUAAAUAUACAAUGUGUGCAUAUAUUAUGCAUAUUAUGUUGUGGCCGUCAAAUUUCAGAAAUGUCCGGGCAAAACGUGAAAUGUCCACUGUACUGGGGCAAAACGACCAUUAUUUCGACCUUUUUCCGGACAAAUCUGUAUAGUUUAGUCACUAACAUUAUUUGGGCGAAACUGUAACGUCCAUAAAUUUUAAUUCUUCACAUUUCUGAGAUUUGCCCGAUUUCGGCAUUUGAUCGUAACAUAUAUAUUGUAAUAUUUAAACAUAAUUUUUUUUUUUCGCAUAUUAUUAAUUAUAGUUUAUAUACCUAUAGACUAUUUAUUUUUUUUUAAUUGCCAAGAAGAGGAAUUAUAAACCUAAUAUGGCAGUCGCCACCCUUUUUUUAAUGGGUGGGUGAUGGUGGGUCCAUGAUGGGUACCUGGUACUAUAUUAUUUUAUCAAAUUAAUACGCACGGAAUAUUAAUUGAGAGUGUUGUGUGCGAGAAUUGUUUUGUAAACGAGGGGUGAUGGUCUAUACGACUUUUUACCAGUCCACCUUCGUUCGAACGUGGUUUGGCGCCACAGUUAAUACCUAAAUAUUAUGUCGAGGCUAACGUCGGACAUCGGAUGACGUCGACGUUUCGUUCGGUAUUGUCGAUUUUAUGCCGUCGGUUUUGAAUAUCAGAGUGAAUUGGCCGUCAUCCAAAUAUUGUCGGCGAACAUACGAGUUAAGGCGAGACGGUUCUCUCUGUGUUUGUACGUUAAAGUAUUUUGUCGGUAUUUUAAUUUUCAAACGAUUUACGACGGGGGGGGUUUUUUUUUUUUAUAAAUAUUUUAAUAAUUCGAUUUACUCGGUCCGAACGAAAAGCGGUAGACGCUAUAUCCGAUUUUCACCGUCGGCCUUAACAUAAUAUCAUAACAUGAGGCCUGUGUAAUAAUGAUAAUAAUUAAUAUUAUUUAAUACGUAAAUAACACGAAAAACGAAAUGCAAAUAUGCAAAUAUUAAUCGAUAUUUAAUCAAAUAUUUGUGUUUGUAUUUGUUUUUUUUUUUUUUUAAAUUUCCAACCGCUACAUACUCCCAUAUACCAUCGCACUCACAAUUUAUAGGCGUGCACUCAUUAUGACCCGGUACAGAACAAAUAACAACAAUACGAAUAAAAUACGAAUAACUGAUGAUUUUUUUUUUUUUUUUUUUUAUUAUUCAUUUUAGCGGUAACACAUUCGAGGGUCAAUGGCAAAACGGCAAGCGGCACGGUCUGGGCGUGGAGUCCCGGGGCCGGUGGCUGUACAGAGGAGAAUGGACGCAGGGAUUCAAAGGUCGGUACGGCGUCAGACAGUCGGCCACGACGAACGCCAAAUACGAGGGGACCUGGGCGAACGGGCUGCAAGACGGUUACGGGUCGGAGACAUACGCCGACGGCGGUACGGGUUUUGUUGUGCACUAUUUAGAUUAUUAUUAUUAAUAUUAUUGUUAUUGUUAUUAUCAUUAUUAUUAUUAUUAUUAUUAUCGUCAUCAUCAUUCAUCACGGUCUCUCCUCACUAUAAUAAUAACAAUAAUAAUAUAUCCGGUGGCGGAUAUCGAAAUUUCGCACGCGGCCGUGUGACGGUUUCGGGACGGAGCGGGUGCGGUAGGUUACAGGUCAGGGGGUAGGGUUGAGAAAAGACCCUAGGAAAACGGUCGGCGAGACAUAUAAAUCAUCCGGGGGGGGGAUGAAUACCGGGUCGUUUUGAUAAUUUUGACCUUUUUUCCCCUCUUCCAGCGCCUACCUACAGUAUACGUUUGGGUAAAACAUCAUAGUCGUUUUGGGUUAAACUCGCGAGAAAAAUAAAACGAAGAAAUUAAUAGUCUAUUUAUUAUUCGAAUACCGAAUCGUAAUAUUAUAUUAUGCAUCAGGGUGAUCCUCAUAUUGCCAAUUUCAACAUUUUAUUCGGGACGCCCGCCUAUCUUGUGCCGUAAAAAAAAAAAAAAAAAAAGGUUAUAUUUGUAUACGAUUUCGUGCUUAUUUUCCGCCCUAAUAUCCAAGAGAUUUUUAUCAUAUAAACACGCAGUUCACAACGAGUUCACGGGGAAAUUAGUGUUGCGAUAUUGCGCGCCUUUUAAAUUAAGCCAUUUUUCGCACAUCGAAGCAUACGAUCGUUUGAGAACGGCCUUGGAGGAUAAGGGGCGCUAAGAACGAUAAUAUCAUUACAACGCGGAACAGUUUUCGACGACUGAUUGAACUGUUGGCGUAGAAGUAAAAAAACAGGUAUACACUAAUAGGGGAACGGACGAUAAAGGCGCAUAACGAUUCAUCGUACGCGGCGACCGCGGGGAGGAAACAAUGCGAGUUAGAACAGCAGGAGGAAAUGCGCCCAGUGGAAGACCGAAAAAAAGCGGACAGUGCGGCGAGACACGCAACAUAGAGAGAUAGAUGGAUAGAGAGGUUGGAAGUGACACCGGUAAGCGAAUAUCUAAUACGUAAUAGGACCGCGAUUAUUGGAGGACGGUGACGGCAGUGGCGGCUGAAAUUCUCAAAGAUUCGUGGAGCCGGGAUCGCGGACUACGUAACGAGCAAGCGGACGGGGGCGGCCGAAGUCGCUGUACACCAGCGGUUCUCGACCUUUUUUCGUUCACGCACCCCUCGACCACUCUUGACUACUACUUUACGGACACCCAAAUGCCAAUUUUUCUAAACUAGGUAACUUCUUAAGAUUUUCUGUGGACAUAUAAGUAAUUGAUGACGGCACUUCUUGAGUAUGAAUAGGAUCGGUUGAUUCAGUAGUUUUCCUUUUACUGACGCUAACCAGUUUUUAACCAAUGAUCCACGGUCGAAAAUUGUGAAAACGUUAAACAAUGUCAAAAAAAAAAAUAGUAAUUACAAAUACGUUUUGUGUGUGACACGGUCUCUUUGAAAGCAAGCGACUGACUAAUUAUUGGAAUACAAAUAUCAAACAAACCGUUCACGAGAAUAGUUUUAUCUGAAUUUAAGAUAAUAAAUAAUAUGUAAUUGUGACGAGCAACGCCACAUUACCGGAUUACAUACAAUCUUAUCGUACCGCCGCGCCGCCUAGAAUGAUAUGUUAUACCAAUUAUGGUAUUAUACUCUUAUUAUACGCUUAUACUAAAUCGUAUAAGUUACGAAAAACCUAUUUACAUCAUUUACAGUAUUUCACAACUAGUUUCACGAGUAAUUUCAAUUAGUUACAACUAGUUUCAAUUUUUCCGCCAUUACGCUUUUUUUUUUCCGGGGACCCCUAAUACCUUCUCGGGGACCCCCGGUUGAGAACCGCUGCUGUACACCACGCACAUCAAGAUAAAACACACGUCGCGGUAAAUUCGAACGGGCAAAGCGCGUUUGGAUCGGGAACGUUUGGGCCGAUACUUUUAAAUUUCUAUAGAGCCUAGCUAAAAUAACCGUUAAAUCAAACUGCGAAAAUUAAUUUUCAAACCAGGUAAUAAAUGUGAAAAUGUUCACACACAGUUUCUGUGUAUCAAUGUGAUUUCAAAACGCACCGAAAACGCGGUUGCAUUAAACAUGUACCUAUAGAUAUUAUCUUUAUGUAAACAGAUAUAUGUGUACCGAUGUCUCGUGCACGGUAAGAAAACGCAGAUAAAAUACUACCUGCACGUAGAGGCUCGUUAAAUAUACGUUCGGUUAAACCAGGGGUCGGAAACCUGCGGCUCGCGAGCCACAUGCGGCUCUUUCGGUCUAAAGUUGCGGCUCGCCGGCUGCACGCACAAAGUUGCGUCUCGCCGAAAAUCGGUCCGGACGGGUCCUGUCCAAUUAGAACCGGCCGGACGCCGAAACGGGUCCCGGUGCGCCAGUCAUCCGCACCUCCUGGCCCCCCCUCCCCCCCCGAACGCAGGGCGGCGCCGGGACCGGCAGUCGCGGGGUGUCCGUCGCCGCGCUAUUCAUUCGGACGACGGGCACCGCCCGAGAGCCAUCGUUCCGUUGUUUACCGUAUUGUUCGCCGUGUUCACGUAUCGGUUAGGCGCGCGCGCGCGCGCGCGGCGUAUUAGUUGCGAGCGCGUCGCGCGGUAAUCUGUUCCGCGAACGGGGGUGGGGGGGCGGCGGCGGCGGCGGUCUGCGCGACGUUUCACCUGCGGCCCACCUCCUUAGAACACGGUACGGCGCCACCGCCCGCCGCACGACGUCCUUUGCGCGCCGUAUCCGUACCGACGCCCGCGGGCACGGUUCGUUUAUUAUUAUUAUUAUUAUUAUUAUUAUUUUUUUUUUUUGUUCCCCCGCUUUUCGACGCCCGCGGCGCGCCGAGCUGCCGAGCUUUCGCGGGGGCGUUAUCAAACGCCGCGUUAUCGAAAACGGCGAAAAGUACCCGCCACGCGCGCACGCAUACGCUGUACCGGUAUAUAAUAAUAAUAAUAAUAAUAACAACAACAACCGGCGUGCGCGGCGCGCUCGCAGUCUCGGUCGACGUGGAUAUUGUAACGUUUUGCGCGGGUCCGCUCGCGAAGCCUAGGGGGUAAAUCGAAACGUUGUGCGCGCGCGUUUCACCACCGCAAACGGAAAUCCUUUUGGAGCACGUUCGGCUUUCGGCGUGUGUAAACGGUGUGUUGUUGUUGUUUUUUCUUUUCAAUUUUCGACGCGGGCCGUGAUAUUAUAUAACGGAAUAAUAAUAAUAGCACGAGAAAAAAUACAUCGAACAAAUAAGAAAAAAAAUAAAAAAAAAACGUAGACACAAGUGCCGUGGAUAGGGGUGGUCGUUGCAUUUUCGCAGUCCUCGGUCGGUAUAUUUUCCCUUCUUUUCUUGUCCACUUUUUUUUAUUUUUCUCGCAUUACGAACGUCGGUUUCAAUUAAUAACUAUUGUGUAUUGUGUGUACAGCGUAUACCCGCGUCCGGUACACGUGCCGCCGGGGCAGGCUCGAAACACGAAAGACUAAAAAAAAAAAAAAGGUGCCUACUACAAUAUGCACGCGGAUUGACGUGAAUAAUUGAACCCAUCGACGGCGUAACCGUAUUGUCCAUCGUCACAAAAUAUAUAUUUCCUUUUAACAUAAUUAAAAAAAAAAAAAAAAAAAACCGCACUCCGAGUAUUGUUAUAAUAGAAUAUUUUUUCUCUUAUUAUUAUUUCACGUUAGGUCCUCUUGUCGUUCGACCACAUCCGUCGCGUGUUAUAACCACUAAAACAAUCAUAUAGUAAACAAUAAUAAUAGAAAUAUAACUCGAAUUAUUUUUUUUUUUCAAGUCAACGUAAUAUGUAUCGCGAUAUUUUCAUUUUCAAAACGCCGCGAAAAUUUACCGUCGCGGCCGCCGUUUAUCAUAUUUUAUAACGAAUAUUAAAUCGCAGUAAUAUAUGCUUCGGAGCGCGCGGGCUUCGGUUUUACCCCGAAUUUCGAGGGUAUAGUGGAAUUGGUGGGAGGGGGGGGGGCGGAGUAGGCGAAAGUUUCUGUUAAUUCAACAAACCCACUCGCCCGCCAGCUCACUCGUCUUCCGUCCCGUCCCGUCAUCCGUCCGAAAUUUGAACAACUCGAAACAAUUAUUAAUUAUUGUUUAUAGCGGAGACGACACUGGGCAAUAAAUUUUAUUCGUAAAUACGAUUACGCGAAGAAAAUCUAAUAUUAAAUAAUUAUAUUAUGUACGGUCCUCGCGCGAAAACUUUUUCCGGCCGCGUCUACGACAAUAAUUCAGAACGUGUUUUGACGUUGUAACCGCGAGUUUACUGAUAAAAUAGGCUUAGAUAACAGAGGGAGCGGGGGCAAUAACGGGGCUAAAGCCCGACACGCCGCGGGCACAGUGUGUGUUUAUGUGCGCGUUUACUGCUUUUGCGGUUCGAGCGUUCCAGUUAUUCCUGUAGAGCCGCUUACAUGAUCCCGAAACAACGUUUUCCACGGCCGAACCGUAUACGCGAAAACGAGGAGCGGAAAAUAUACUCAAUAGAUUAGCAGGCAAAAAAAAAAAAAUAAAAAAAAAAAUAGAAAGAAGACAUUAAUAAAAACGAUAUAAUUACUGCGUUUGGUCGAAAUUCUCGUGGGAGGAUGCAGCUGUCGGAUGGGUGUACGUUCCUCAUAACAUAAUGUGUAUCAUACAUUACGAGUAUAGAGUUGCGCGAUAUGAUACAAAAAUGUAUAUUCUCAUUUCGUUAUUAAGUUUUUCGUCGAUUUCUGUUUCGGACGGUCUUCUUUUUCUCGGCUUAUUAAAACAGGCCGUUUUCAGGCAUUUCGCCCGUUUCUACAAUGUUCCUCUCCACCGUGUUAUAUUCUAUUUGUCGCUGUUGUAAUAAUUGGGAUUUAUACUUAUUCGGGCUCGUUUCACCGUGCCGAUCCGUCUCCGACCGCGGUUUACCCAGUAGUCUUUUCCCGCUCUGUAUUCCGACCGUAACUUAUUUGCUUGUGCGGUCGAUAUUCUGCAUGCCGCGCGCGCCCUGCCCGUACUAAUCUUUUGCUUCCGAGGAACCGGCAGAUAUUCGGUUUAUUAAAUAAUAAUAGGCUUUGUAGUUCGGCAUUUUUCUUUCUCUCGAAAAUCCCGGAAUCUACAUUAUACACGGGCCCGUAUUAUAUUUGCUUUGAAAUUUUCCUUUCAAAACCAGGCGGACCUUCCUCCGUCUUCUUUUGUGCCGGCUCAAGUUUCACACGCCGAUACGGGACGCUGGUAAGUAUGUAACGUAUAACCUCUCUUUUGUUCGCCGUGAGAGUAACUAUGACCGAAGCAUCCUUUUCAUCGCGUAGUAGCUUGGCUAUUGGCUUCACUUAUUCUGAGGUUAAUCUCAAGGUGCAUAUUGGUUUUAUUUUUCAUUGACGUUUAAAGGAACAAAACAGAAAAGUAACUUUUUUUCUACUGUAUCUUUUGUGUGAUCCGACCGGCGAAAAAACCAAAUUAGUCGAGAGUAAUGAGCGCCAAUAGUUUAGGCGUGCAGGAAAAAGAAAACAGAUAAAUAAAUUGACAACCAAACGGAUUACGGCUAUAGCCGCGGUUAAUAAUAUAACGCGAUAUUACUGCAGUGUUUUGGUCGCCACAUUUCAAAGUUUAACAUUUAAUUUAAUCCGAACUUAUUAAUUUGUAAAAAAAAAAAAAAAAAAUAGUUACGUUUUGAAAUUAAAAACAUGUUUUUCUCAGUUUGAAAAAAAAGCGAUUUUUCUGGUUUCUUACUAGAUGGACCUUUCAUUUGUUCCCAGAUAUUUAAAUUUUUCUACUUUUUCAAACGAGUACCUGUUCACCUAGAGGUUAGGUAUUGGGGCUCACUUUUCUGGACAUAAUCAAAUAUUUUGUUUUAAAUUCAUUGUUUAUAGUAUCAGGUAAAAAAUGAAUACUGACGAAAAUACUUUUUGAAAAAAAAAUUCUUUUGUUACCUAAAAACUCGCUUACCAGUAAUCACGAUUCAAGCAAAACCGUAUUUAGCUCCCCCAAUAAAUAAUCCCGGUUUCGCCACUGACUAUAAUAAUGUUUUUGCGAGUCGGACACUGUAACCCGGUAAUUUUUUCCAGUAAACCGUUAGUAGUGAACCAAUACACGUGUGAAUCGCGUGAUUAAUGAAUGAUAUAUUCAAUCGAUUGCGCGACAUUGUUGAUUAUGGUGUUGACACAGUAGUAAUUACAAUGGGAAAUAUUCUUUUAUUUCGUCGAUUUCGUAAGUCAGCAAAAUUUUGUUGUCUAAGUUUUAGUCAAACUUGUAGCAGACAAUUCGAGUAAAACGCAAAACGUUUAUCGGAUCAUUCGAUUUGGUAGUUUACGUACGGAUACCAUAUUAUUACCAUAUACUUUAUGAUUAAUUUUUCGACAUUAGCUUUCGGACAAAAACACUCGUUCCGAAUUACUGAACUAAAUACAGUUCGGAUUUUCAGACGAUAUAAAUGUUUAUAUGCAUUUUUGCCUUUUGUUUUGCAACUUUGAGGAAACAUUUUUGACGUGGCUGAUCCAGACCAAUAAUGCGCCUAUUUGAUUUUAAAUUCAGUAGACGUUUUUACUUUUCUUGACAUUCGCGUCACGAUUUUCGUUCAAAAUAUUUCUACAUGGACGAAAAACUCAUAAAUAUACGUUGAACAAAAAUAAAUUUAAAGACAGUUUUUCGCGAGUUUAACGUAUUGGCCUACACACUUGAACCUUUUGUACAUAUAAAACAAAAGAUUAUUCCAAUUCAAAUUGAGCGUUUCUCAUUUCAAAUUUUUAUCACACGUUAACCUUAUAAAACUCGCAUGUGAACAAAUUAAUUCAAUUAUUUAUUUGUUUAAACGUAUUACAUCGUUGUUGGUGUUUUCAAUUGAAUCGUAAUAAUCGAUCUGUAUCUCUGCGACGUAUAAAAUAUAAAAUACAAUUCGAUUCGAUUAAGCAAAAUCCAUUUAUGCAGUUUUAAAUGCCUUUAUUAUAAAAAAUAAAAAUAAAUAGCCAUAAGUAUUAAGAUCCGUUUCCAAGCUAAAUAAUUACGUUCCAAACAAAUGUUAUCGUUGAAACGAUUUAAACAAACGGUCGGGACAUUGUCACGGAUAAAAUAUCGUUCGGAGCUGAUUUCAAUGAUUUCAAACGACGCGCAACAUUGUUGAACAACGCGAGAAUCCGUAAAAGCGAAAUCGGUCGACGUUUUCACUUAUCGUUAAAAAUUAUUAUCCUUAUCAUAGUUUUUAUUUCCAAUUUAAUUCAAAUAUUGCUUUUUGCAAUCUAUUUGUAAGCUAGUUCUGUCUGUUUUAGCUAAACAGCUCCUAAUUCACCUGCGUGGUCUUUUACGCAUGAUUUUUAUACAUAGUUUUCUAACUGUAGGGAAUGUCAUAACAAAACAACAAACUGCAGUUUCACCGUCCGUGGGCGAAAGUUGAAAAGAAAUUAAAAGGCUCUGAAUUGCACAGUUCAAAUCGCCGUGGAAACCAAAUUCAAGUUUCGAACGAUGUUUGUUGAAUUUGUCUUAUUCGUACUGAAACGGGCAUCGAGGUAUCAAAUUUGUUCGUCAACAAACAAAAACUGAUCACCUGCAAUUUGAUUAGUUUUGCGUUUUUAGUAUUUUAGGGGCAGGGAAGAGCUAACCCCCUCCUAUUCGACGUAACAUUCUACAGUCGUUCAUACGAAUACAUUUUAAAAUAAUUUACUGGUUUAAAGCACAAUCGUCCGUUUUGAUGGUUAGUUAAACAUAAAGGUACUAAUUUGUUACGCAGUAGUAAUGUGUAUGUGUACCUACCUGUAUUAAUGGUAAUACGAAAAACGUGUACCAAGCCAGAGCAAUUUAAUGAUAUUAAUUUUUUUUCUCGACUAUAUAAGUGAAAUUCUGCGUUAAAAAUAUUAUUAUUUCAAAAAAAAAAAAAACACCCAUCUAAUCGAUUCUACAGGAAUACUCGGAAAACUCGUAGGAACUAAUAUCCGUUCGGAAAACUCACUGUUUUCAAAUACUGCAGUACAGUAGUAGGUACCUACAUAAACGCGGACGGAAUUCGGGGGCGCCCGUUUUAAAAACCGGGGUCGCUGAGCGUGCUCAAGACCCCCCCCCCCUUCCUCCGACCAUCCGAUUUGUCCGUCGGGUUUGAUAAUUGUUAUUACAAUCGCGUUAAAAAAUAAUUGAAAACGGAAAGGAAUUCGGGCCUUUUCGCGCGGCGAGGACCCGCGCCACGGCGACGGGCGCGCGCACCGAAAAACCGGCAAGGACGAAAACGAAACACACUGGCCGCGUUCCGUCGAGUUAAACAAUAAAUUAUCAUAAAUAUUGUUCCGCUUGUCUUUUAAUAUUUUCGGGCGAGUUGAUUGAGUUAAACGCAAUUAUUAUUAUUGUGACUUUGCCGCGUACGAAGAUUCCGCUGUUUAAAUUCAAAAUGAUUACAUUCGCAGUCGGUUUAAUUUAUCGGAGUUUAAUUUUCGUUAGCCGCGCGUCCUCUUGUCCGACGACGGUAUUUACAUAAUAAUUAUUUGAAUACCGCGGGCCGUAGCCGCCGGAGUUGUAUCGGGUUUUUCAUUUAACCGUUUUUAAUUUAUUUUCUCCGUCGAUUUGAGCGUAUUUUAGUGGUUCCGUCCCCUCAAUUCCUUCCCCCGUUUCGUUUCGUUUUCAAGAUCCGUUCGAGUACCGCCAUAUAAUAUGUACAAAAUAGUACGCCGCGAAUUCGCGGGCGAAAAGAAAAAAAAAAAAAACCCGAUAAUAUUUUCCUCUCGUUAAUAUUUUUUUUUAAUUUUUUUUUUUUCACCCGUUUUCAUACAGCGUUAUGUGCAUUACCUACAUCGGCUGUCCCGCCCGGCGGCGUUGCCGCGGUACCGACGGAAACAAUAGGGAAAUUGUCGUUGUCGUAUCACCGAGGUUACGCCCAUAAAUCAACAAAAGUAAUUAGAUUUCCGUGUCGAAAAUUCCGGCGACCCCGGUAUCAGUCCACCGUCCCCCACUCGCCCCCGCCACCCACCGCAUCCGAAUGGCGGUCGAAAAAUACGGCGGAUGUCAAUCCCAUUCCCACGUGCGCGUUAUUACUGCGGCCGAACCCGAACUGGGCCGGCGCCGCGAAGUCUGAUUUUCGUCGCGAAGGGAUAACAAUAAACACGCACUUCGGAGGGGUUGUUGUUGUUGUUGUUGUUUUUUUAUUUUUUUUCAAUAUAUUUUAAUGAUAAUACGUUAUUAUCGGGAUUCGCGACGGCGGCGUUUCGAACGGCCGUAAUUUACGAGCGUAGUAGACGGCGACGGCGGCGGCGGCGUCGGCGGCGGCAGUGUUAUCCGCCGCGGAGAUAUUAAAAAUUUAAAUAUUUUAAAGCGACGGCGCCGGUAUAAAUUUGCGCGCAGAGCAAACACCGGCGGUUUUCGCGCCGCCAAUCAGAUAAUACGCCGUGUUCGUACGCGUGUAAAUCGAAAUUUGUCGGCGAUUGAAGAAAAAAAAAAAAAAUUGAUAUCUAAUAGAUGUUAUUUAUAGACGAUUUCGUUCGCCGCAUAUUGUACCCCUAUAGUUGCAGUGUUUAUUGGUGUACGCCGUCGGGACGCGCGUAUAAUAUAGGCGAACCGAUUUUUUCCGCUUCGUUAUACGACGAAAAUGAGACGAACCGAAGAAAAAAAAAAAAUAAUAAUAAUAAUAAUAAAAAAAAAUCGGAAACGAAUCUAGUUUAGCGACCGUGGUACGAUAUCAUUGCGUUUUUUUUUUUUAUGAUUUUUAUUCCUUGCGCGCGAGUUAACGUUUUUUUUAAAAAAAAAAAUAACCGUAUCGCGAAAUACGCUUAAGUAUACUGGCGCCCGAGCGAUUUUCCCGGAAUUUUCUUAAAUUAUCGCAACUAUUAACUAACCCGAAAAUAUUCAAAGAGUUUACUGUAGAAUACGUUUACCCGCGCAGCCGUUAUCACGAGUAUUUUACAUCGCGUAAUCGCGAAUUGAACGAAAAUAUACGCGGAGAAACCGUUUUGCGCGGUCGAAAAUCACUCGAGCAAUACAAAAUAUUAUAAAAUAAAUAUUUGAUCAACCGAAUGUUCAAUAGAAAAAAAUAAAAAAAAAUUAUCGCGAACUUUGUAAAUUCGGUUUCAGUUUUUCUUGAACGGAAGCUGUUAUUCGAGUUUGAAAAACGCGAUGCCAUCAUAUUUUAGAACAUUAAAAACUUUUUAGAUUCUGAACGGAGUGAGACGUGUUUUAUGGUUUCACUAUGGUGUGCGCUUUUUGCGGGAAAUCACGCUCCGAGUUUUUUUCUGAAAAAAAAAUUGCCUAGUUUGUGCCGUUUUCUGAGUUUUCUCGUAGUUUUAUUAAUAAUUGAGAAAACCCACAGCAAGACAGACGGCAAUCACGGUUUCAUUAUUUUCGAUUUUGCUUUUUGUUUUUUUUUUUUUGGUUGGACAAUAAUAAUACGCACACUAUUUCAUUGGCCAUUUUUAGACGUGGUCAAAUUGUCAAACAUUCCGGCCAUUUUUAAUUAUUUAGCAUUUUGACAUUUUUUAGUUUUUUUUGUUUUACGUUAAUUUAAUUGUUUGGCUAAACAAAAACGUUUGGAAAUUUAACCCGGGGUUCGUUAUAAGUUGUACUUAGUUGUCGAAAAUAAAAAAAAAAGUCAAGUAGUUUUUUUUAUUUGUAUAAGCGUUAAAACUUUAAAUUUUAAAAAAAAAAUCGUGAUACGUCAGCAAUGGUUUGUCGUUGCAGAUAUAAAUUAAAUAACUUUAUGUAUCUCACAUUCCUAAAUUUCCACCUAUAACGGGGACAAAACUAUUUGCAGAAUUAGCUAUUUUUUUAUAUUCGUAGCAAACAAACCUGACGUUUCAAACAGUGCAAGUUCUCCUUUUUAUUUUUAUGCAAUUAAAUCCACAAUUCGAGUAGUUUUUUCUCGAGCAGAACAAUUUCGCUGUGAACGUUUUUGUUUAUUUCAUGAUUACGCGACAUAAAUACUUGCAAUAAAUGCGCUGGUGGACAGAUUGUAAACGCAUUAGAUGGUGAAUAUGAAUGGUGUCGAGUUGAUAAAUUUAAAUUUUAUUCAAUAGGUGUGACAACGAUUUUUGAAAAAUCGUUUUUUUAUCAAAUAAUAUAUCGUUUUUAAAGGGUCUUCUCUUCUUCUCCUUCGCUUUCGUCUCAACUAUUUGGGGUCGGUCACCCUUGUCAUAAACGUCCACUUGACCUGAUCCACCACAUCAUCCUUGCAUACACCCGCCAUCAUCAUAUCAUUCUCAAUUCUACCCAACUGCCUCUCUUUUGGUCUUUAUCUUCCACUAUUUUCUCAUACGUUUGUUUUUGUUACAAUUUUUAUUACUUCUGAUUUGUCUGUCCUAAUAUACCCAAAUCAUCUCAGUCUACUUUCUCUCAUUUUGUCCACUAUCAAAGACACACCUAAGCUAUACCGUACGUACUUAAUUAUUCCUUAUUCCGUCUUCUUUCGUCGCUCCACUCGUCUACCUGAGCAUUCUCAUCUCUACUAUACUUAUUCACAAUUCUAUUUUUCUGUCUAUUGCCCAACAUUCCGGCUCACAUAACAUAGCCAGUCUGCAGAACUUACCUUUAAGUCUCAUUGGAAUCCCCUUGCCGUAUAAAACAUCUGAUGUUUUCCCUCCAACAACACGUUUUCUUAUGCUUGUCAAAGCCACGUCCUAUUCUUUUGAACGAAAAAUCCCAGGUACUUGUAGCUCUCAACCUCUCCGUGUAUUGUCAUUACGUGUCUUAUCCUGUUCCUCCAAACUCAUACUAUAUAUUUUAUAAUACUCUCUGUUUUACAUUUACCUAUAUCUAUAGUCCCCUAUCUUAUGUUUAUCGUUUUUAAAGGAGUGAAUGGACGGGGAAAGAACAAAUUUAAAACGGUCACUAAAUUAUAUGGGUUCCGUGGUGACGUUGAGUGUAUUCGGUUUCCAGGAACGUUCCAGGGGCAAUGGAUGCGCGGCAUGCGUCACGGUUACGGGGUGCGGACCAGCGCCCGGUUCGGGAUGGCCUCGCACUCAAAGCCGGGUAAGUCGGACGGCAUCAGGAACUCGCUGUCAUCGUUGGGCUCGGAGGACCUGCACCACAACAAGGCGGGCAGUGGGUCGGACGAUCAGGUGAUCGUCAGUGAGGGCCGGGACAAGAAGCUGGACGACACCCGCGGUGGUUUCGUGCUCAAAGCCAACAGCGACGAACAGCCGAGCCGGCGGAAGACGCUCGUGUCCAAGUCCACGCAAGGGCUGAAAAGGACGUUCAUGUCUGUGAGUAUAUUACGACGGUCUUAUUAUAAAACGGCGCGUGCGAUAUUGGCCCGCGAACCGUACAUUCCGGGAUUCCCGCAGAAAUCGUCCGCGGACGUUCACGACCGUCACAUUACCAUAUCAUACCCGCGCUACGAGAAUAGCCUUUUUACCCGGAUUUAA